CGUCCCGCCUCCCGGGGUCAGCGAAGCCAAUGGACGCCUAGGCACACGAGGCAGUGGCCGUAGCGAUUGGACAGCGGCGUAUGAAAGGGGCGCCGCCUUUUUAUCAGGCGCGGAGGGCGGAGGCGCCGCCAAGCCCAGGCAGCUGAGCUGAGCGCCACCCUACCGCCGACGCAUGGCCCCGGCGUCGCUCGCCAUGAACACCCCUGGGCUCAGGACGUGCGGCCGGGGCCGCCCGGGGCCCUGCCCCCUGCCCUUCAGCGUGGAGUCGCUGCUGGAGGCGGAGCGCAUGCUGGGCCCGGAGCCCGCGGAACCCCGGGAGGAGAGGCCGCCGGGCGCCACGGAGCCCCGGGCCUGGUUCCCUCCGGCAGCCCGGCCGUCCUCCCCACGCGCUCCGCGCUCCCCGUCCUGCACCCUCCGAAAGCACAAGAACGACCGCAAGCCGCGGACGCCCUUCUCCACGGCGCAGCUGCGGGCGCUGGAGGGCAAGUUCCGCCAGAAGCGGUACCUCUCCGUCGCCGAGCGCGCCGAGUUCUCCAGCAGCCUGAGCCUCACCGAGACGCAGGUCAAGAUCUGGUUUCAGAACCGCCGCGCCAAGGCCAAGCGGCUGCAGGAGGCCGAGCUGGCGAAGCUGAAGCUGGCGGCCAAGCCGCUGUUGCCUCCAUUCUCCCUGCCCUUCCCCCUGGGCGCCCCCCUGCACGGCUCCGCGGCUGGGCCCGGCGGCGCGGCGGGCACCCUGCCGCAGGUGCCGGGCUGCCUGGCCGCGCCCGUCGCCGCCUACGGGGUGUACUACCUGUCCUAGGCGGGGCGGGGCUGCGGGGAGGGCCCCGCGCGGACUGCCGCCCCCCCCCCACCCCCGCGCUCCUGUUCUUCAUUGCUUUUUUCAGUUUUUGUUUUUGUUGUGUUAAUACGGUGUUUUAAAGAAGGCUUGGGUCUAUUUGUGGGUGUCUUUCAGAUAUAUAUCAACUGUUUUUAGAAACCAUGUGCAUACCAAACGUUCCGGAAAGCGAGCGUAGUUUCUUAGUGUCUGGAAGGGGGCGGGUUGGAGCUCGCCCUGGUCAAAGCCGCCGGCGAGGUGUCUGCGGCUUCCGGGGUCACCUGCCCCAGCCCUCCACCGGCGCGCUCAGGACGCUCCCGAGGGACGAAGGGGUCAGCUCGGUGCCAAGUCGGCUGAAAGGAAGUUACUACUUUGGCUAGGUUUGUUUCCACCGCCGGGGCGAAGAGCUCUGCGAGCCUGAGCGAGUGCGCGCGUUUGAGAGUGAGCGGCGUGUCCACACCGGUGGUGCCCCCGCGGUCGAUGGGGAGGUCGGGGUGGCCGGGGUCGGAGUCCGCUGGCGUCCGGGCUCCGGUGAUGUCGGGUCGGGAUCGGACGCGCCCCCUGCCAGCCGGUGUGCCCGCAGCAGCCGGGGAAUGGGGCGCAGAGGACAGCCAGGACCGCCUGCCCUAAGGGGGCCUAGAUGGCGGGGUGCUGGUGGUCCAGCCGCUGCUUGGCACCGUGUGGAGGCUGUCUAGGAAUCGGGCACCCGUAGGGCACCCCCACCCCCACCCCAAACACAGCUCGGCCUGUGGGCUCUUCUGGGUGCCUGGGGUGGGUGACUGCUUGUGGGGGACCUCCUGAGGUCACUGUCCCUGAAACCCUGGAAGCUUGGCCUGGGACGCUGGCAGUGACCCCUGGGAGAGGGCGCUCCACCCCCCGGAAGGGCAGUCGGUGCGAGGCUGGCGACUUGCCCGCCCUCUGAGGGUCCAGGACCGAGUUUUCCCCAGCAGGCGGCUCCACAGAACGUCCCAGAAGCAGCAAUCACGCUGCAACCAGCUUCCCUGGGCUUCCCAGAAGAAUGAAAAUACACCGCGAUUCUGCUGAGAAACCAACCCGGUUCUUGCCGAGCAGCUGCUGGGUGUGAACGCGGGAGGCUGACCUGCCUGUCCUCCACUGGAUUCCAGCCACCCUUUGCAAGAGGCCAGGUCAGCUGUGGUCUGUGAAUUCGCCAGAGAAGGCGCCGGGCCCUGAGUAAGGAAGGCCAGGAGGGGCUGAGGGCCUGAGGGCCACCACCUGCGUCCUGGCCCCUCGCAGAGCCACCUGCUGAGUUUUAAGGCCAGUCAAUACUUCGAUCCUCUUCUCAAAUCGGGGGUCCCUGGGAGACAGGCUCCUGGAAGGAAAGUCAGGACCAAGUUUCAUGGCCAAGGUAACAGGCUCCUGUUGCAAACAGUUUGAGGACUUGACGGCUGAAGAGACCAAAGCAAAGGUGAGAAGCCAGCGCACAAGGGGAGCAAGUACCCAGCGCCCACUGGCUGGCCUCGCCCUGGCUGCCCCGGUGUCUGUUUCUGCAGGGGUCUGCACACAUGGCUCUGCCACCUCAUGUCCCGUCAUGGCCCACAUGGUGCCCACCAGCCACUACAGUCCUAGAGUGCUGGGCAGCCUGGGGCCAGCGGAGGGAUUUGCUGAAUUGAUUUGCUAUAUGUCUCUCCAUAGCCGUUCCUGAGCCAGGACACCUACCUGGGGAGGCUCCCUGCCCACAUGCCCCACCGAGGCAGGUGCCAUGAGAGCCACCCACUGAGUGCUCUGCUGGGCAGGGAUGGAGCAGACUUGUCAAGACCCAGACCUUUCCACUCUCCUAAAGAAGGCUACUGCCCAGGGCCAAGGAGAGGCCCUCCUGGUGGGACUUCUGCCUGCUCACCUUCUCACAGAGGACUCGAGUCCCCAAACACCCUGGGCCAGACCCCGGGAUGGUGCUGACCUGCCGGCCGCCUCCUUUAGCCAGUGUGUCUCUGUGGGGGAGGUCUCCGUGGCUGCCUGGAGCCAGCUGGAGACAACGUGGAAAGACCCACCCACCGGGACCCUUUACAGAAGCCUGGGACCCCUGCCACUCCUUGUCUGAGGAGUUCCAGAGACCUGGCCCACUCUGUGCCCUUUCACCUGCCUCAUGCCUGGCUGCUGCCGGAUCUGGAGACACGGGCCCUGCUCUCUGGAGGAGGGGGCAGGACAGCAGUUCAAGCCAGACCAUGCCUCCGUGGGGCUGCUGGACCACCUGUCCAGGGACAAGGAGUGGGCUGAGUUGUGCAAUGGCAUGGGGAGAGGGGGACCGUGGAGGACCCCAGACAGUGACCCACCCACGAAGCCUGGUGUCUCACCAGUUUGGUUAAAUGAGUGACACAACAAAUAGGCCUCGCAAGCCCAAUGAGCAGAAGCCACAGCUGGAGGCUGCCGAGGCUGCGACGUCAUUGUCAUGUUGGCGUGGGUUCCAGGUUAGUGCCGGUCAGGCUCAUUCACUCUGGUUCCUGAGCAAGGAUAAGGCUGGGCCCCAGGCCCCUUCCUGACACAGUCAGCUCCCAGGGCCCCCUCACCAGCUUUGGGGGCUGGGUCCCCAGGCGUGGACCCCAGGAGGGUGGGGCUGAAUCUGACCAUAGAUCCUGAAGGACCAUGAGGCAGCGCUGCCUGGAGGGAACUUUAUCUGCACCUCUGCCGGCUUCUUAAGCCGGAUGGUGGGCCUGUGGUGUGCGGUGCCCUGACUGGAUGGGUGGUUUUACACAUGCCUUUGUGGUUCGGGCAGCACUGCCUCCAGUGGCUGUGCAGGACAAGCCGGGCGCUGCAACAUGCUCCCCCUGGUUUCUCCUGGCCUUGCGACCCCAGCACCUCCCCCAGCCCCAAAUCUGGCCUCAGAAGUAUUUCUGAGUAAAUGGGCUGCACUGCGUUCUCUGGCAUGAUAAUGCAUAAUGCUCUUCAGAUGCCCCAAAGUUUCGGUACUUUCAUUUUGGCUUUUAAAAAAGUAUUGUCUCAGUUACUUAAUAAACAGUUUUUGCUAAUUCUGA